GAAGCUCCGCACCAGCAGCCACACGAUGAGCGGCAGAUUCUCGCGCUCGUUGUAGGUGGGCAGCAGCACCGAGUACUUGUCCCGUGAGGCUGCCAUGAUGGCGGCGGCCCUCGGAGAGGAGACGGCGCUUGCGUGUCAACCAGCCAAGCGGGCCUUUUGCCUCAGCGCCGGCGACGGAAACGGAAGAGGCGAGGCCCACCUCUUGAAGCUUCUUUCGGAUCCAUAAUUAAUACCUUCUUUUCUCCCCCCUUUCAAUUUGAGGGAAGAAGCGGCCGCUGAGGCGAUGUCUGAGCGCGCGGGAAAAAAGGCGCGCCUCUCAGAGGCCGACGGCUCGAGCGCGGCCUCUGAGGAGAUCAUCAUUCCCUCUCCUCUCCCCCUCCGCACAGAACUGAGCCGGCUGGAGAUCGAGCGCUACUCGCGGCAGCUGGUGCUCCCGGAGACCGGCGUGCGCGGGCAGCUGCUGCUCUCCGCCUGCUCGGUGCUGGUGGUGGGCUGCGGCGGCCUGGGCUGCCCGCUGGCGCAGUACUUGGCGGCGGCCGGCGUGGGCCGCUUGGGCCUGGUGGACCACGACGUGGUGGAGCUGAACAACCUCCACAGGCAGGUCCUGCACCGCGAGAGCCGUCUGGGCCGCUCCAAAGCCGGGUCGGCGGCCGCCGCUUUGAGGGAGCUCAACUCCACGGUGGAGUGCGUGCCUUACGAGCUGGCCCUCAGCCGGGACACGGCCUUGGAGCUGGUGCGGGCCUACGACGUGGUGGCCGACUGCUCCGACAACGUGCCCACCCGCUAUCUGGUCAACGAUGCUUGCGUGCUGGCGGGGAAGCCCUUGGUGUCGGCCAGCGCGCUCAGGCUGGAGGGGCAGCUCGUGGUGUAUGGCUACCGCGGGGGUCCUUGCUACCGCUGCCUCUUCCCCAAGCCCCCUCCUCCGGAGACCGUCACCAAUUGUGCAGACGGCGGGGUCUUGGGGGUCGUGCCUGGCAUCCUGGGGUCGCUGCAGGCUUUGGAGGUGCUCAAGAUCGCCGCUGGGAUAGGGACCUCUUUCAGCCAGGCUAUGCUGAUCUUUGACGCCUUGGAAGGCAGCUUUCGACGCAUCAAGCUGAGGCCCAGGAACCCCAAUUGCGCAGUUUGCGGGGACAAUCCCUUUGUGACCGCCUUGCAGGAUUACGAACUCUUCUGUGGGUCUUCGGCGACUGACAAGUGUCGGAUGUUAUGCCUCUUGAAGAACGAGGAGCGGGUGUCUGUGGAAGAGUACAAAAAGAUACUGGACAGCAAGGUCCCUCAUAUACUGGUAGAUGUCCGUCCCCCAGUAGAGGUGGACAUCUGUCGCUUGCCGCAGGCUGUCUUUGUGCCGUUAAGUAAGUUGCAAGAAAAAGACGAAGGCUGUCUGAAAUGUCUCGUCCAAAGGAUAUGUGAAGCAAGGCAGUUGUCAAAUGAAGAUACAGCUUUCCCAGUUUAUGUUGUCUGCAAAUUAGGAAACGACUCUCAAAAGGCAGUGAAAAUAUUGCAGGGAUUGUCUUAUCCUGGGCUAGGUUUAAUUUCUGCUAAGGACAUCAAAGGGGGGCUUACGGCUUGGGCUACCAAAAUCAAUCCUGAGUUUCCUCAGUAUUGAUUUUGUAUAAUAAUAAUCAUCUUUUUAGAACUUGAAGAUGCACUGAUCAUUGUCGUUAAGAUUAUUUAAAGAACCUCUUUAAUAAGUUUACAGUGGUGUAUUAGAAUAUUCAGUUUCUCUUGUCAGUUUUUUUCUUUAAUAAAAGCCAAAAGAUGUGUUUGCAUCAGUGUUUUAAAA